AUGAUUCGUGGAACAGCAGCCUGCCCAGACAUUUUGCACAGCCUCAAUGCCAAAGGGGGCGCUAUCUCAAUCCACCACAACUUCUUCUAUGCCGAGGCGCUUGAUCCCUCGUUAAAUCACGACGAGGGUACCGGUGAAGGACUAACUAGGGUCAGCUCAUCGUGGGCUUGGAAGGCGUAA